AUGGCCCAAACAUUCAAAAUUCUCGUCCUACCCGGCGAUGGUAUUGGGCCAGAAGUGAUGGCUGAAGCCGUCAAAGUCCUGAAAGCCUUCGAAACCUCGGAACGCAAAUUCGAGCUUCGCCAGGAGCUGAUUGGAGGAUGCAGCAUUGAUGCAACUGGCAAGACAGUCACGGACGAAGUGAAGCAGGCAGCACUGGACUCAGACGCCGUGCUUUUCGCCGCAGUUGGAGGGCCGAAAUGGGACAAUCAACGACGUGGUCUUGAUGGUCCUGAGGGAGGACUUCUUCAACUACGCAAAGCCAUGGAUAUCUAUGCCAAUCUGCGCCCCUGCUCGUCGACCUCACCCAGUGUUUCCAUCGCCAAGGAAUUCAGCCCGUUCCGACAGGAUGUCAUCGAGGGGGUUGAUUUUGUUGUCGUGCGCGAGAACUGCGGAGGAGCAUACUUCGGCCGGAAGGUUGAGGAAGAGACCUAUGCGAUGGACGAAUGGGGCUACUCUGAAGCUGAGAUCCAACGUGUGACCCGCCUAUCCGCCGAGGUGGCACUGCGCCACGACCCCCCUUGGACUGUGAUCUCACUGGACAAGGCGAAUGUCCUAGCGUCAUCGCGACUAUGGCGCCGAGUUGUCGACAAGACGAUGGCAACCGAAUAUCCUCAAGUCAAGCUUGUACACCAGCUUGCCGACUCGGCAUCUUUGAUUCUGGCAACGAACCCGCGCUCACUGAACGGUGUUAUUCUGGCAGAUAACACCUUCGGUGAUAUGAUUUCCGAUCAAGCUGGCUCGAUUUGUGGCACUUUGGGUGUACUACCGAGUGCCAGUCUCAACGGGCUGCCUGGGGACAAGACCCUCAAAACACGUCCAUAUGGACUAUACGAGCCAACUCAUGGCUCUGCUCCAACAAUUGCCGGACAGAACAUUGCAAACCCCGUCGCUAUGAUUCUUUGCGUUGCUCUGAUGUUCCGGUAUUCUCUUAAUAUGGAAGCCGAGGCGCAGCGUGUUGAGGACGCGGUGCGAAAGGUUCUGGACUCUGGCUCCAGGACCCCUGAUUUGGGAGGCAAAGCUGGGACCAUUGAGGUGGGAGAUGCUAUCAUCUCUGCGCUGUAG